AUGUCGGGUGUUCCAACGAAGGAGUCUACGGGUUCCACCAAUAUCCCCGUACCUCCCGUGAAAGAUAGAAGGAACUCAGGAGACAUUGGUUGGGAGUUUGGAUUUUGUCCGGACCCAAAAAAUUUGAAUAUGGUGCAAUGCAAACUAUGUGGGCACAAGGUGAAUGCGGGAAUCCAUCGAUUUAAGAAGCAUCUUGCAGGGUUGAGGGGGGACACCAAACCAUGUUUGAAGAUUAGUGAAAAAGAUAAGCAGAGGGUGAAAGAAGUCAUUGAUGCUAAUUCGAAGAAGAAGCAAGUUAAGGAGAGGCACACUAUAGACUUAGAAGAAGAACUUCAUACGACGAGGCCGUGUGAUGAAGAAAGAGAUGAAGAUGAAAUCAUCUCUCCUUCCACAUGCGAUGAAUCUUCAAAGAGGUCUAGAGAGCCUACUGUUGGGCCGAUGGAUGCUUACACCGCUAAUGAUCCAGAGCUAGCGAAAAGGUUGAAAGGGAAAAUGAAGCAGACAGGAGUGAAGGAUUCUUUCCUGAAGGAGAAGAGAGAUUGGGUGCAUGAUCAGUUGGCUACUUGGGCAUAUGAAAAUGCCAUCCCCUUUCAUGCCAUCUCCACGGAUUCUUUUACGAAGGCAUGCAUGGCUAUUGGAGACUAUGGACCGAGCUACAGGCCUCCCAGCAUGUACAUGUUGAGGGAGCCCUUAUUGCGAAGAGCUGUUGAGAGAACAAAAGUCUCCUUAAAGACGCAUGAGGAGGAGUGGGGCAAGACUGGAUGUUCCAUUAUGACUGAUGCUUGGUCGGACAGAAAGAUGCGGUCGGUAAUGAAUCUUUGCAUCCACUGCAGAUUGGGGACAACUUUUCAUAAGUCAAUUGAAACCAAAGAGGAAGCACAUACAGGACAAUAUAUAUUUGAGUGGGUUAAUACGGCCAUUGAGCAGAUUGGAGCUGAUAAAGUCAUUCAGGUUGUCACGGAUAAUGCAGCUGCAAAUAUGGCCGCGAAGGAGCUUUUAUAUAGGAGGAGGCCGAGGAUUUUUUGGACUAGUUGUGCAGCACACACUGUAAAGGAGCAAUUGAGAAGGCGAGGACCCUCACCAUCUUUAUCUAUAGUCAUCACAAGACAUUGUCUAUGA